AGUGUGGACAAAGCGUGCUGGAUGGUGUUCCUCAAUAGUGUUUGUUUUAUGUUGGCAGUUCCGUUGAAUUAUUAUUAUUACUAUUAUUUAUUGCAACGAAGUUUAAUUUUAACACCUUUAUGUUAUAGUUUCGUUUAAGAAUAUGGAGUGAUAUGUAUAUGGCCGGACAUAUAUAUACACUACAUGCUUGAUAAGAUAAUUUUAUGUAGUAACUUUUUGUAUACAAUAAGUGCCUUUUUAUAUGUUAACGACCAUGUCUUCAAGCAAUACAAACAGCCUGAUUGAGAAGGAGAUCGCUGAUGAGGACAUGUUGCCGCCGAUUAAGUCGCCCAACAACCUGGUUUUGCGCGUAAACCAGGACACGGACGACAAUUUGCGACUCCUGUUCGACAGCGUGUUGAAUCCGGGUGACGCCAAGCGUCCCCUGCAGCUCCCCUUCCGCAUGCGGAAGUUGCCCAACUCUUUUUUCACGCCCCCGGCCCCCUCACACUCGCGGGCCAACAGCGCCGACUCCACCUAUGACGCUGGCUCCCAAUCGAACAUCAGCAGUCUCAACAGCAUCAGCAGCCUCGCCAACGCGGCCCAGCCCGUGGACGGGCAGCCGGCCAUAUCCGCCAUCCCACAGAUCCAGCCGUCGCCGCAGCAGAGAAACCUGGCGAUACAUCACUUUCGCGCUCGCAGCAGCCCCGCCUCGCUGCAGCAAAACUACAAUGUCCGUCAACGUAGCGAUCCGACCAAGCCAUCCAACCAGCCACCCACUGCUGGGCCCACUUUCCCCGAGAAUAGUGCUGCCGAGUUCCCAAGCGGUGGGGCUGGUGCUGGUGCCGUAGCCGGAGCUGGAGCUCCGGCAAGUAGCAUUGAGCUGGACGGCAUGUCCAUGGUUGAGGACAUGCCGAUGUCCACGCAGACAGUGCACAAGAAGCAGCGCUCCUAUGACGUGGUAAGCCCCAUUCAGUUGCAGUUGCUACGGGGUGCCUUGCCGCCAGGAUGGGAGCAGGCCAAGACCAACGACGGUCAGAUUUAUUACUUGAACCACACUACAAAAACGACGCAGUGGGAGGAUCCAAGAAUUCAAUUUCAACGCCAACAGCAAAACAUAAUGGCCGAGCGAAUAACGCAAAAUGAAGUUUUGCAAACUCCGAAACCAACUACCACAUCGGCCAUUGCUAACAACUUGGAUCCACUGCCGGAUGGUUGGGAGCAGGCACUUACUGAGAACGGAGACAUUUACUUUAUAAAUCACAUUGCUCGAACGACUUCAUGGAAUGAUCCCAGAAUGCAACCUGUCCCUGGGCUUAGCGUGCUUGACUGUCCAGAUAACUUAGUGUCUUCCCUUCAGAUUGAGGAUAAUAUUUGCAGUAAUAUGUUCAACGACGCACAGACCAUUGUAAAUCCACCGUCUUCCCACAAACCUGACGAUUUGGAAUGGUAUAAAAUCAAUUAAUUGAAAUGUAUACAUACAUCUGUAUUAGACCUAAAAGUUUUAUAUUUUGUAUUAUUCUAAAUUAAAUAUUUUUCAAAUUUUAUAGUA